UGUGCCCAAAUUCAUUCAGGGAUCCCAUGGGAUAGCCAUCACACUCGCCCGAGAAACAGAGCACCAGCGGAAACAGGAGUGGUUGGAUAGUUGGGCAGACUGUUUUACCCAGAGUGCACUGUAGGCUACACACUGAAAACUUCACCUUCGUUCGCGUAGCGAUCCGAAAGGGUGGUCUGUCACAUUCGUUUCGAGCCGCAUGCAUCUCGCUCCAUCGAGACGCCCCGUCUCCACGCACAAGCGGCUUGCACUCACUCCUGUUCUAUUCUUUCAGCGUGAUACAGGGAGGAGAAUCCGUACAAGCGCACAGUGGACUUUAAUGUGUACAAAACCUGCUUUAUAACGUUUCAUGGGGAUACUUUAGAGGGAAUCUUGACGACCCUGCAUAUUAACAGGACUCUGGAGGGACAGAGAAGAGAGAGAGAAAGAGGAAGAGGGAGCAGCAGCCUUCGUCUGACAGCGUGACCAUUGGAUGAGCCUCGUUCAUGCGUCUCCCUGUGUGCAACUCCCACAUUACAAUGAACUGUGAGCAGGACUUUGGAGACGGGGGCCUGGGUGUGACCCUCACACUCCGACUGCUCAUGCACGGCAAGGAGGUUGGCAGUAUCAUAGGCAAGAAAGGAGAGACGGUGAAAAGGAUACGGGAGGAGAGCAGUGCACGAGUGAACAUUUCAGAGGGAUCAUGUCCAGAGAGGAUCAUCACCAUCACCGGCUCUACAGACUGUGUCUUCAGGGCAUUCAUCAUGAUCACAUACAAACUGGAAGAGGACCUCACCACACUGGUGGCCAACGGCACCAUCAGCAACAAGCCCCCAGUGACCCUACGACUGGUCAUCCCAGCCAGCCAGUGUGGCUCCCUCAUCGGCAAGGGAGGGGCAAAGAUCAAGGAGAUCAGAGAGAGCACCGGAGCACAGAUACAGGUGGCAGGAGAUUUGCUGCCCAACUCUACUGAGCGAGGGGUGACGAUAUUGGGGAGUCAAGACUCGGUAAUCCAGUGUGUCAAGCUAAUCUGCACAGUAAUCCUGGAGUCUCCCCCGAAGGGUGCUACCAUUCCCUACCGGCCCAGCCCCUCCCCAGGAGCCCUCCUCAUCUCUGGCAACCAAGUGUUUGAGGCAUCAGACUUUUCCCCCCACCCUCUGUACUCUCUCUCCCAGGGUGGUCUUGACCUGCAUCAGAGUGAUUUCUUCCAGGCCUACACUGUACAAAACCAAUAUGGCAUUCCACAUACAGAGUUGGCCAAGCUACAUCAGCUAUCCAUGCAGCAGAACAUGCAGCAGAGUCCCAUGUGCCAGCAGACUACAACCGUUCUUCCUGGAAUGGACUCAAACUCCCAGACAUCGCAGGAGCUCCUUAUUCCAAAUGAUCUGAUAGGCUCGAUCAUCGGCCGACAGGGCACUAAGAUCAAUGAGAUCAGGCAGGUGUCGGGGGCUCAGAUAAAGAUCGGCAGCCAGCUGGACGGAACCAAUGACCGACACGUCACCAUCACUGGCACACCAGUCAGUAUCAACCUGGCCCAGUACCUCAUCACCUCCUGUUUAGAGACAGCUAAAUCCACGGCCCAGGCAGCCUCCAUGGCCACCCCCAACAUGGCUGACCUCAAUAUGGUCUUCACACAUCCCGCUUCCCCGGCCUCCUCCCCCCACACCGCCUCCACCCUGGCAGCCAUGGGUACCCUCUCCCCCACCCCCGUCAUGGGCCACCCCUACGGCGCCCUGCCCUUCUCCAGUCUGUUAGGGGUCAAGUCUGUCCCCUUCCUGACUCUCUCCAGCCCCGCCCCCCAGGUCGCUGUUACCGCAGCCCCUUCCCAUGCCUCCCUGGCAGCCUACACUACCAAAAUCUCCUCGGCCAACUGCAUCAAGAAACCCGACAGGCAGAAGUUUGCACCCUACUGAUGCUACAUGCUACACCUCGCUAGCCUUCUUCUGAAGGCUGAAAUGAAGGACAACUGUCUAUUAUGGCUACAUCUCAAAUGACACCCUAUUUCCUACAUAGUGCACUAUAUGGUGAAUAGGGUGCCAUGUGAGACUUGCCCUAUGUUCUUCCAAUCACGACCUGAUGUAGCCAUAUCUGCUGCCAGAGAUUAUCUUGGCUGUACUUUAGAAUUCACCACAAGGAAGAGACCAACAGAGAUUUGGACGAAAGCUAUCAUAAGGUAUACUAUACAUUACAUAUAUAGAUGAUUUGUGAGUUCCCCAUGAAUUUAUGGACUGCUUUCACCCCCACCUCAUUGAACUGUUAUUUAUCACUCGUAUAGAGCACAGUCCUAACUUGGGAAAUGCACUAACUUGGAAUUUCAUGUAAAUCAUGCACUGAUGUAAUGGAAAGUGUGCAUCUCUCGAGUUAGGAAUAGGCCCAAAAGUAUUUAUCCUUCAGUAAGUUUGUAAAUUAUAAUCUGAUACAGAUGGCUGCUCAACUGUAUGAUGCUUUUAUACAAUGUCUGUGAUUGCUUCUUGAAGUUUUUAAGAAAAUCUGUAAAUGUUUGGGAAGAAAAAUAUAGUUUUUUUAUGCCUUGUGCUAUAGCUAGUACUGUACUGUUCAGUGUUAUGUUUGUUUUUGUUGGGUUUUGUUUGAAAUGUGCAACUAGUUUUAUCUUGUUUCUUUCUAUUGCUUUGUUUAUUAAGGUGGCUGCAGGAAUGCAUCUCCCUUUAAAUUGUACCGUUGUCCAUUAAAGGUGGAGUCCUGCAACUU